AAAUCGAUUGCCACGGUUCUCAUUGCCGUCGUCGCCGCCAUCACCGCAGCCGCCGUCUUCAUCCAAUGGGAAGUUGCAUAUCGGCACCAAGAAAGCUAGUAGGUAUAAUAUCAAAGAGAUGCGAGUAUAGAUACAAAGCGAAAGGGAAGGCGAAAGCAAAAGCUGCACGUUUUUGUCAGGAUGGUAAUACGGGGAAAUGUAUAAACCUACGCACUAGGGUUUUGAAGGAAUCAUCGGGAUACAACAUCUUGGGAAGGUACAAGAUGGGAAAAGAGUUGGGCAGAGGCGAGUUUGGGAUCACCAACGAAUGUUUCGACAUAAGAACGGGCGAAGCGUACGCUUGCAAGAAGAUAUCCAAAGCCAAGCUGCGGACUGAGAUCGACGUGGAAGACGUUCGGAGAGAAGUUGAGAUCAUGAAACAUUUGCCUAAGCACCCAAAUAUUGUGGCCUUUAGGGAAGCUUUUGAAGAUAAAGAAGCUGUUUAUCUUGUAAUGGAGCUUUGCCAUGGCGGUGAACUUUUUGAUAGAAUCGUCGCUAAAGGUCAUUAUACGGAACGAGCAGCCGCCAAAGUUGUAAAAACCAUUUUGGAGAUUAUAAAGGUCUGCCAUGACCAUGGAGUCAUACAUAGGGAUUUGAAACCAGAGAAUUUCUUGUUAGCAGAUGGAGGUGAAACUGCCCCAAUUAAAGCAAUUGACUUUGGCCUAUCUACAUUCUAUAAACCCGGUCAGCUAUUCAGUGACAUUGUUGGGAGUCCUUAUUAUAUGGCUCCCGAGGUUUUAAGAAGAAACUAUGGGAAAGAAGUUGAUAUUUGGAGUGCUGGUGUUAUCCUCUAUAUCAUGCUUUGUGGAGUUCCUCCCUUCUGGGCUGACACUGAGGAAGGUAUAGCGCAAGCAAUAAUAAGAGGAAAGAUAGACUUUGGAAGGGAUCCUUGGCCUAAAGUUUCUACAGAAGCAAAGGAUAUUGUUAAGAGAAUGCUUGAUCCCAAUCCUCAAUCCCGGAUGGCCGUUCACCAGGUUCUCGAACAUCCAUGGAUUCAAAACUUGGAAAAUGGUCGAAAUGUUGAUCUUGGAGAAAACGUGUGUACAAGGAUUAAGCAAUUCUCGUUGAUGAAUAAGUUCAAGAAGGAAGUUCUUAGGGUGGUAGCAGACAACUUGCCGAAUGAACAAAUCGAUUCAAUUACAGAGAUGUUCCAUAUGAUGGACAAUGAUGAAGAUGGACAAUUAUCGUUGGAGGAGCUUAAAGAUGGACUUCAAAAGCUUGGACAUUCUGUUUAUCAUCCUGAGGUUCAAAUGUUGAUGCAAGCAGCGGACAUGGAUGGAAAUGGAACACUGAGCUGUGAUGAGUUUAUAAUAAUGGCGGUUCACCUGAAAAGGAUCGGCAACGACGAGCAUUUGCGUGAAGCAUUUAAUGUGUUCGACAAGAACCAAAGUGGUUACAUCGAAUUUGAAGAACUGGAACAAGCUUUGCUCCAUGACAACCUUCAUCCUCACCUUAUCCAGAACAUCAUGGUCGAAAUCGACAAAGAUAAGGAUGGCAAAAUCAGUUACGCAGAGUUUAAGACAAUGAUGCUAACAGGGAUGGACUGGAAAAUGGCUUCUCGACAAUAUUCCAGAGCUUUGCUAAAUGCUGUCAGCACCAAAAUUUUAAGACAAUCAGGCCAAUUAAAAUGAUAUGUAUACAAGUGGAUUUUUUCUUCAUGCAUUCCUCCCGCUCCAACACAAUUAAUCUCAAACUAUAAUCUGUAAUUAUACAUAAGAUUUUACUACAAUUUUUUAUUUUCUUUUUAAAUUUUCCCACAAAAUGAUAGAGGA